UAUAACAAGGUCGCAGGCUGCUUCAUAGACUUAUUGUCUAUCUCUACUCACUGCUCCGUCUGCCGUCUUGGCUCGCAACAAACUUGUUGGGGCUGAAACACACAUACCCCUGAACAUUACACGUCUUCAACCCCUUCACGGAACGACUCGCUUUACUCGGACAUCCACAUCUUGAGACACCCAUCAAGCAUGACAUCUACGACGAUGCCGAAAGACAUGGCCCUGCCAGCCGUCCCAGCGCCUCUCUACACACAAGGCCCAAUCAUGUCCGCACACUCACCAGCAACAAACAAGCAAAACACGACACACGACGACGAAGACAAGGAAGCAGACGUGGCGAGGUUGCGUGGUGGAUGCUGUAUCUGUACGUCCAUUGAUGCACUCUGUGAUAUCGUCACGAGUAUUGUGUGUUGUCCUUGUAAAGCACUGAGUGGAUGUUGCUGCUGUUGAAAAAGGUGCACUAGCAAGCACACCUGGUGUGAUUUACGGUUUUUGUUGGUUGUACUUACAGCUCGAUCACGGCGCAAUGGUCGGCGUCGAAGCUGAUGCAAUCUAUGGUUGUGUCGACGAUGAGGGGAGUCCGAUCGUCACGUUCGAAGCCAUUUACGUUUCCACAUAUGUCCAUUCUGGCAAUGCAAUCUUUAUGAAAUAAGUCUGCUGAUACCCUUUACCAUAUCUGUCGCGUCAGGCGUUGCAAUCCUUAUGACUUAUGAUUCAGUCGCUGAUACUGAUAUGCCGUGUGUGUCCAUCUCUGUGAUGC